AUAAGCAUAGAUUGUCUUGCAUUAAGACUAAAUCAUUUCAAACUUUUUAGAGUACUGGACUUGGAGAAAGUUAGCUGCUACGAUUUACCUAGUGAAUUAGUACACCUAUCUUCAUAAAGGUAUUUGGCUAUGAUGGUUUGUACUAUUCCUAAAGAUCUAAAAUUUCCAAAAUUUGGAAUUAACAAACCUUUUGUUGUUUCCAUCAACAUUAUCGAGGAAAAAACGCCACCAUUACUUUAUCAAAUGGGAUUCCUGCAGAUAUUAUGAUUUCACUGCUCAUUUGUAAAACAACUAAUCCCCAAAUCAUAAAAUUGCUGUAAAAGUAGAAUUGAGAGAGCAAUUCUCUUAGGUGUAACUGUGAUAUUCUCCCUUUCUUUGUUAAUAAAAUAUAAAAGCAGUUGUUCUCUAAUGGACGUAGGGUCACAUUGAUCCUAACCACGUUAACUCUUUCUUUUUCUUUUACUUCUCCGCUAACUCCUCUUUUCUUUUGAGGCUGUGUAAGGGUGCGUAAACUUUUCGGAAGCUUACCAGGUCAAAGAAGACUCAGUAGCUUGAACAAGAUAAUUUUUUCCUUAAAAAUAAUCAAGUCAACUAUUAUAAAUGGCUAGUUGAUCUGUAAUAGUUAUAUAAUAUGCUAGUUGACUUUCCAGCUUUAUUAGAAAAUGCAAUUUGCAAUAUAGAUAUGUUUUAGAAAACUUCGAGCAAUUACUAGUAUUUUAUACCCUGACCAGCUCAGUUGAUAAUGAUAUACUUGUAAAUCGAAUCUCUUCAUUCACAAAUCUUGUAUAGAGUUAGAAACGGAGAUGGCUGCUUACUCUGCUGUAACUUCUCUGAUGGGAACAAUGCACCUGAUUUCGCAAUCGGCCUUAGACUUUCAUGAAAGUAACAAAGAAUGUUCAAAAUCACUCUACGAGAAGGUUGGUUCUCUGUUAGAGUUUCUUGACAAUUCUGAUAAUGAACUGAUGAAGGAUCUGCAGAAAAAGGUGAAAGAUGUAGUAAAUGAAGUAGAAGAUGAAGUCGAAUCACAAAUAGUGCGGAUUAUGGAGAAGGAUGAACAUAUUCAAAGAGAGGCAAAUGAGAGGCUUCGUGAGAUCUUGGAACAAGCUAUACAAGACAUUUAUUCUGUAAAUCAAGAGCUCAUCAAGCAGAGGAACAAGAAUAACAAUUCGCUAUCUGGAAAUCUUUCGAUUGGUGGUUCUACUUCACCACGAUCACGUGUUUCAACCCUUGAGAACGAAAUGGUGGGACACAUCAAUGAACAAGCGAACAUGCGGCGUCGGCUUAUUACCGGGCACUCAUCUCAACUGGAAGUCAUCUCCAUUGCUGGGAUGGGAGGCAUAGGCAAGUCAACUUUUGCCAAGAAGUUGUUUUCUGAUCCCUCAGUUGUGGGAUUCUUUGAUGUUCGUGGAUGGAUUACUGUGUCCAAGGACUACAGCUCAAGAAAGAUGCUCAUAUCCCUCCUUCAAGACGCAACUGGCGUGAAAGUAGAAAUCAAUCCCCAAUAUCAGGAGGUAGAAGUUAUAAAUGCAGAAUUAGCAGAUCGCUUGCAAAAAAGUUUCAAAGGUAAAAGGUAUUUGAUUGUUGUGGAUGACAUAUGGAGCACGGAAGCCUGGGAUGAUAUCAGUCAAUGGUUUCCAGAAAACAACAAUAGAAGCCGAAUACUGUUGACUACUCGGAGCAUGGAGGUUGCUCGACAUGCUAGCUCUCCUAAAAAUCCUUUUCAAAUGCGUUUCCUAGAUCCAGAAGAAAGUUGGAAUUUGUUUUGCCAAAAGGCGUUCAGCAAAAAAGAUUGUCCAGCUGAAUUUGAGAGUGUUGGUAAGGUAGUUGUUGAAAAUUGCAAAGGCUUGCCACUAAUGAUUUCUGUGGUUGCAGGGUCUCUUUCUAGCAAGAGGACGCUGAACGAGUGGAAUGAAGUAGCUCAAAGUGUAAGCUCAUUAGUAAACCUUGAUGAUUAUCAACGUUGCUCAGGUGUGCUCGCUUUGAGCUACAAUCAUCUUCCUCCCGACUUGAAAGUUUGUUUUCUGUAUUUCGGAGUUUUCAAAAAAGCUAGUGAAAUUUCUGUGGAAAAUUUGAUCAGAUUAUGGAUGGCAGAAGGACUCUUUAAGCUGAGGGGGAUUAGGGAUUUGGAAAAAGAGGCUUGUAGUCUACUACAUGAUCUUAUUGAUAGAAGUUUGAUUGUUGUUUGCAAGCAUAGUUUGGAUGGCAAAAUCAAGACAUGUAGGAUUCAUGAUCUUCUCCAUGAUUUAUGCUUGAGAGAAUCUGAAAGUGAGAGUCUUUUGUAUGUUUCGAAUCCCUCACUUUCAGCAACCAACAUUCCUCAAGAUCGCCGGUGGGUUUCAUUUCCUCAAGAGCCAGCGCGAGAUUUUUUUUCUCUUCCCUUCCUUACUUAUGGUAAAAUACGUUCUCUUCAUUUUCUUGCGGUAAAACCGUACAAUCUUGAAUUUGAAUUAGGAUUAGACCGUUUCAAACUUAUUAGAGUGUUGGACUUGCUGGGAUCGGGCGUGUGGCAUUUACCUAACGGAUUAUCAAACCUAGUUUCCUUAAGGUAUUUGAGGGCUCAUUGCAGUGGGUAUCCACCAAUUUAUAAACUUCGGAAUCUACAGUCUGUUAGUUUUCGUAAGGUUAAUAAGUUUCAACCCAUUGAGUUUCACUUACCAGAUGGAACCUGGAAGAUGUCUCAAUUGAGGCAUCUCGACUCUGCAAGUUUUUAUUUGUGUUCUCCUCCAAAGGUAGAUGGCAAUAAGUACCGGGUUUUGGAAAACCUGCAAAGUGUUUACGGGUUGAGACCUGUUUGUUGCACAAAAGAAAUGUUUGAAGGGAUUAAAAAGGUGAAAAAAUUGGGGAUUUGUGGCCGGACUGGUCACUUUUAUGAUGCGCCCAAAUGCCUAGAUAAUCUCAUAUAUUUACCUGAGCUAGAGGUACUAAAAAUCUUACUAUACGACGCUUACGGAGUUGAUUUCCUUCAUAAGCAUCCAGUUCCAUGUGUGGGUUCUUUCCCACCGAAUCUCAAGAAGCUGACACUUCAAGGAACUCAUCUAUUAUGGUCGCAACUGACAAUCAUUAGCAAGUUGCCCAAACUCGAGGUGCUCCAAUUGAAGGCAUUACUGUUCUUUGGUGAUGAGCUUGGAGAAACUGUCUGGGAAGUGUCAGAUAUGGGAUUUCCUAAAUUGAGAUUUUUGCUCGUAGAGAAUAAGGGUCUUAAGAACUGGAAUGCCAGCGAUGAUUCUUUCCCAUGCCUUGAGCGUGUAAUUAUCAAAAACUGCCGUUUCUUACAAGAGAUUCCUAAAGGAUUUUCAGAUAGCAUGACACUGAAGCGAAUAGAGUUAUGGGGAUGUACUCCUUCCCUUGUGAAUUUCGCUAAGGAGAUCCAAGAAGAGCAAGAGAUUUUGGGGAACAACAUACUUCAAGUUUAUGCCUAUGACACAAUUUGAGGUUACACUGCCCAUAUCGCCAAUAGACAUAAGAAAAGUUCAAGGCACAAAUUGUCAGUAUAUUAAACCUAAAGGUAAAUAACGAGGGAAGUGUAAAAAGCAUUGCCAGCAAUCUGAAGAUCUCACAAGAAGCAAUGUAAUUAUAACUUCUCAUUCUUUGGAGUGAAUGGCAGAUAAAUCUCGACAACUCUUUGUCAAAAAUCCAGGGGAUGAAGCCAACUUUUGUUGUAAUUCACAUUUUCUUGCCUCAUUCAAGAGUAACUAAGCAGAUGAUGGAAAUUCCUGUCCAAGAGAGACGCGAAAUUUCAAGCUAAAGUGAAUCAGUUGAGUUAGCUGUGAUGUAUUGUCUGUCAGAUGUCUUAAGUUAUUCUGCCAAUAAUUGUUCCUUGUUUGUACCUUUUUUUCUUUCUGUGUUUGAUGAUUUGAUUGCUUGAUUGUUCACAGAGUAAUUUCUUGUUUUGAUUGUGUUGAUUUCGGAUUAACUGUGUUAAAUCCUUAUAUGAGAAUUUAAAAUUCACCUGAUAGUUGUGAUGUUAUGUUUUGUGCUUAAAUACUAAUAUAUCGUUUAAUGUAAUGAUAUAAGGAAAGUUAACUGCCUUUCUAACUGCACAAAGGUUGGGGUAAGGUCUGCGUACACAUUACCCACUUGGAUUACUGUGUCCAAGGACUACAGCUUAAGAAAGAUGCUCAUAUCCCUCCUUCAAGACACUAUUGGCGUGAAAGUAGAAAUCAAUCAGGAGGAAGAAAUUAUAAAUGCAGAAUUAACGGAUCGCUUGCAGAGAAGUCUCAAGAGAAGAAGGUAUUUGAUUGUUGUGGAUGACAUAUGGAGCACGAAAGCCUGGGAUGAUAUCAGUCAAUGGUUUCCAGAAAAACAACAAUAGAAGCCGAAUACUGUUGACUAUUCGGAUCAUGGAGGUUGCUCGUUAUGCUAGCUAUCCUAAGAAUCCUUUUCAAAUGCGUUUCCUAGAUCCAAAUGAAAGUUGGAAUUUGUUUUGCCAAAAGGCGUUCAGCAGAACAGCUGAAUUUGAGAGUGUUGGGAUAUGAUUAGACAGAACAUGGUACAGCUUCAGCUUAUCGAGGACAUGACCUUAAAUAGGAGGGUGUGGGAGUCAUGAAUUAGGAUAGAAGGUUAGUAGGUAGUGGAGUGUUCUCUUGCUUCGGAAGGGUUUGUCGUAGUAUUUCUUUUAUUCUUGUAAUGUCUUGCUUUUGCUUUCUAUCACUAUCUGUUUUUGUUAUGGUAUUUCAAUUAUUGCAUUA